UCACACGCUUGUUAACACGACUAAGAUUUACGCGAACACACCUCACCAAGAACAGACGGCACAAAGGUGUUUUGUUUUCUUUCUUCUGUUUUGAAGAUUCCAAGAACUGCCAUUUGACCUUUCCUAUAUCACCCAGUUAUUAAAUCUCUCAAGGUAAAUCCGUUUACUUUCUGGCUCUUUUAAAAACUUAGAUACUUUCUUCUUCCUCCGUUGUUUUUGUUCUUGGAAUUGUUUAAGACGAAGAAAAAGAUUGUCUUUUUGAUAUUUUUCUGCGUCCAUUUUGGUUAUGACUUUUGCACUCUCUUUCAUUUGAUUUCCAUUAUAAACAAACACAGGAUUGUUAUUUUUUAUUUAAUUUUUAAAUGGAGAAUUAUGGGUCUUCAUCUUCUUACCCUUAUAAUAAUCCCUACCCAUACCCUUACCAGCAUCCUCCCCCUCCUGCUGCAAAUCAUCCAUACCCACCUCCUCCUAAUUCAGAUUCAUAUUAUCCCCAUCCUCAGCCAUCAUACCCGUAUCCAUAUUCUCCUUACACGCAUCCGCCACCUGCAUACCCAUCACCAACGCCACCUGCAUACACAUCACCAACGCCACCUGCAUACGCAUCACCGUCACCAUCGCCACCACAUCAGCCACAUUCAACAAGCCAUUCAGGCCCUUUAGACUAUUAUCACCACUAUUCUUCGCCUGCGCCUGUUCCUUAUUCAUAUCCAUACCCACCAUCUCCAAUAUCACAUGGUUCGCCUUCACCAGCCCUUCAACAACAUCACGGUGAUUUCAAUUACAGUUCAUCUCAGUACCCUUAUCAACAACCUCCAUCAGUUCAUGAUGACACCCCACAAGGAUCAUCCUCCUUGUCCACUCAUCAAAGACAUGAUAGUUUCCCUACUUUGGGAACUGUAUCAUCAUCGAAUCAUGAUAAUCAUAAUGAUACCACCAAUUCUCACUCUUCCUCGGUAUACCCACCUUUGGAUGAUCUGUUGAGUAAUAUGCAUUUGAAUGAUAAUGAUCGCCCUUCUGCUCCUGCUUCCCCACCGACACCAUCAGUGCCACCAGUCCUCGAUUCCCCUGUUAGUCGUAGCAGUUCCAGUUUUGGUCAUGAUAGACAAAAUUUCUAUGGUUAUCCUAAUGACUCCUUUUCAAGUAAUUAUGAAGGGCCUUACUUGGGCCGGAUUGAUUCUUCUGGUAAUUAUUCUGCUCCUCUUUAUACCCACUCAAACUCCAUUAAUGAUUCACAUCAUAGCCAGAGUACACAGAUUGUGCCUUGGCAGAAUAAUAAAGGGUCUUUAAGAGUUUUGCUUUUACAUGGGAAUUUGGAUAUAUGGGUUUAUGAUGCCAAGGACCUUCCAAACAUGGACAUGUUUCACAAGACAAUAGGUGAUAUGUUCAAUAAAUUACCAGGAAGUAUAGGCAACAAGAUCGAAGGGCAAAUGAGCCGCAAGAUUACUAGUGAUCCUUAUGUUUCCAUUUCCGUAGCUGGUGCUGUGAUCGGGAGAACCUUUGUGAUUAGCAACAAUGAAAAUCCUGUUUGGACACAACAUUUUUACGUUCCUGUUGCACAUCAUGCUGCUGAAGUGCAUUUUCUUGUUAAAGACAGUGAUGUUUUGGGUUCACAGUUGAUGGGAGUUGUGGCCAUUCCAGUUGAACAGAUAUAUUCGGGGGCUAAAGUUGAGGGAACUUACCCUAUUUUGAAUAACAGUGGAAAACCAUGUAAACAUGGAGCUGUAUUGAGAAUUUCAAUACAGUACACCCCAAUGGAGAAACUGAGCAAUUACCAUAAAGGUGUUGGUGCAGGUCCUGAUUAUCAUGGUGUUCCAGGCACGUAUUUUCCUCUUAGGAAAGGUGGAACAGUGACUCUUUAUCAAGAUGCCCAUGUUCCAGAUGAUUGUCUUCCAAGCCUGAAACUGGAUCAUGGGUUGUCUUAUGAGCAUGGGAAGUGUUGGCAUGACAUCUUUGAUGCAAUACGCCAUGCCAGGCGUUUAGUUUACAUUACAGGGUGGUCAGUUUGGCACAAAGUUAGACUGAUUCGAGAUGAUGCUAAUCCAUCAUCAGAAGUCACAUUGGGGGAUCUGCUAAGAUCCAAGUCGCAGGAAGGAGUAAGAGUGCUGCUUCUUGUUUGGGAUGAUCCUACUUCAAGAAGUAUUCUGGGAUAUAAAACAGAUGGAAUUAUGGCAACCCAUGAUGAGGAAACACGCCGUUUUUUUAAACAUUCAUCAGUACAAGUUCUUCUUUGUCCUCGCAUUGCUGGAAAGAAACACAGCUGGGUCAAGCAAAGGGAAGUUGGAACUAUAUAUACUCACCAUCAGAAAACGGUGAUUGUAGAUGCUGAUGCCGGCAAUAAUAGAAGAAAAAUCUUAGCUUUUGUUGGUGGACUUGAUUUAUGUGAUGGACGAUACGAUACUCCACAUCACCCUAUAUUUAGGACACUGCAAACGGUGCACAAAGAUGACUAUCACAACCCUACUUUCACGGGUAAUGUUUCCGGUUGUCCAAGGGAACCAUGGCAUGAUCUGCAUUGUAGAAUUGAUGGGCCAGCAGCAUAUGAUGUUCUAACCAAUUUUGAGGAGCGGUGGUUUAAAGCCGCAAAACCCCACGGGAUUAAAAAGCUAAAAAUGUCAUAUGAUGAUGCACUACUUCGGAUUGAAAGAAUUCCAGACAUUAUAGGAGUUUUUGAUGCUCCUUCUGUUGGUGACAACGAUCCUGAAGUUUGGCAUUGUCAGAUUUUUCGUUCAAUAGAUUCCAAUUCUGUUAGAGGCUUCCCAAAGGAUCCACGAGAAGCUACAAGCAAGAGCCUGGUAUGCGGGAAGAAUGUCCUUAUUGACAUGAGCAUACAUACAGCCUACGUGAAGGCCAUUCGUGCUGCCCAGCACUUUAUUUAUAUAGAGAACCAGUAUUUCAUUGGUUCCUCAUACAACUGGAGUUCAUAUAAAGAUUUAGGUGCUAAUAAUUUAAUUCCAAUGGAAAUUGCUUUGAAGAUUGCUGAUAAGAUCAGAGCAAAUGAGAGAUUUGCUGCUUACAUUGUCAUUCCAAUGUGGCCAGAGGGUGUUCCAACAGGUGCUGCUACACAAAGGAUUCUAUUUUGGCAGAAUAAAACCAUGCAAAUGAUGUAUGAGACCAUCUAUAAAGCUCUGGAGGAGGUUGGACUUGAGAAUGUAUACACGCCUCAGGAUUAUUUGAACUUCUUCUGCCUUGGUAAUCGCGAGUUCACUGACACAUAUGAAACUUCAGCUGUGUCAAGCCCUACUGCUGCAAACACUCCUCAGGCACUUAGUCGGAAAACCCGCCGAUUCAUGAUUUAUGUCCAUUCAAAAGGGAUGAUAGUUGAUGAUGAGUAUGUGAUCUUGGGAUCUGCAAACAUAAACCAGCGUUCAAUGGAGGGCACAAGAGACACUGAAAUUGCAAUGGGAGCAUAUCAGCCUCAUCAUACUUGGGCCAGAAAACAAUCCAAUCCAUAUGGACAGAUAUAUGGGUAUAGGAUGGCACUAUGGGCAGAGCAUGUUGGAGCUAUUGAAGACUGUUUCACACAACCAGAGAGUCUUGAUUGUGUUAGAAGAAUUAGAACGCUGGGGGAGAUGAACUGGAGACAAUUUGCUGCUGACGAUGUCACCGAGAUGAGAGGACACUUGCUAAAAUAUCCCGUUGAAGUUGAUAGGAAGGGCAAGGUGAGGCCUAUUCCUGGAUGUGAAAAUUUCCCUGAUGUAGGUGGAAAUAUAGUGGGUUCAUUUCUUGCCAUUCAAGAGAAUCUGACCAUCUAAGAAAAAAAAAAAAAAAAAAGUAGGAUUGCUUUCUGUUAGAUCUAUUAUUAAAAUGCUAAAUGCUAACUCUUAUUCAUUUAUGUUUAAAUACGGUUCUUUGUAUAUUUGUAUAGACACAAUAACGAGAUAAAUCAUUGAGGGUUUUGCUACUAUAA